GAAGAAGAAGAAGGAGGAGCGGAAGCGGAAGUGGAAGUGGAAGUUGUGGCUAACGCUCUGCGCUGCUCGCGUUUUCGUGAUUUGUUUGUUUUUCCUUUUUUUAAAACUGUUAAAAAUGAACCAGCUGCAGAAACCGGAUGAGUUCGACUCGUACGAGAUCGAGGAGCCGAGUGACGAGGACCGGGCCUCCAGCAGCUCGGAGGACGAGCUGGACGUGCUGCUGAACGGGACGCCAGAGCAGAAGAAGAAGCUGAUCCGAGAGUAUCUAACAGGGGAGAGUGAGUCAUCCAGCGGCGAUGAGUUUGAGAAGGAGAUGGAGGCGGAGCUCAGCACCACCAUCAGGACCAUAGAGGACACUUGGGCACCAUCGACGACAGCGCAACCCCCGGGAAGUGGAGGAGGAGGAGGUGACGGCAGCGGUCCUGGCCUCCCUAAUCCUCGGAUGUAUGAUAGCAUCUACUUCGACUCAGACUCUGACGAAGAGAACAAACCAAGCAGCUCAACGGGCCGGAGGCGGAGACAGCGCGUCAUACCGACCAAUGACGAGCUGCUGUACGACCCCGACGAGGACGACCGCGACCAGGCCUGGGUGGACGCCAAGAGGAGAAUGUAUAACGGCAGGAAGCGACCAGCCGGAGCGUCGCAGUCGCGGACUCGUCGGGCGCAGGCUUUACCCAGCAGUGACGCCGUGCUGAACUGUCCAGCCUGCAUGACGACACUUUGUCUGGACUGUCAGAGGCACGAAAAGUACCGGACGCAGUAUCGGGCCAUGUUCGUCAUGAACUGCACGGUGAAGAUAGACGAGGUGCUGCGCUACAAAACCCAGCAGGAGACGAAACAGAAGAGCAGGAAGAGGAGGCGGGGACAGAAAACGGAAGCUACAGAAAACAAGGCUCCCGACCCGGCGCCGGCAGGGAUGGACGCGGGCGAGGCGUACCACCCGGUGCAGUGCACCGAGUGCUCCACGGAGGUGGCCGUGUUCGACAAGGACGAGGUGUAUCACUUCUUCAACAUCCUGGCCAGCCACUGCUGAGACGGGACCAACAGGACGGGUCGACCGCUUCUCCAGCGCUCCGGACUGAGAACGAGAAUCCAGCUGCGACUUUCUCCCCGAGUCUGACGAUCAUGAAUGGGCUCAAAGGCUUUCAGGGAAUCAUCAACCUUAAAGGGAAAUCGGGAGGUAGUGGAACGUCGGCUUCGAGUUAUUUAUCUGUGAAACCUUUUAAAUAUUUUGACAAAAACUGAAAUGUAAACUCUGGAAAUCUGCUCGUCGCAGCUUUUCACUGCUAAAACUCUUGAACCUGACUAAUACAGGACCAACGAUACCAAAACCAAAUUUGACCUUCUUUUUUUUUUACCUUAACACAUUACAUAAACACCUAUAUUUUUUUUCAUAAUUAUGAGCAAGUUUAUGUAUUCAGCUGGAAAUUUCAAAGUUGAAAAAUAAAACUUGCUCCCGGUGCUCCCUCGA